UUUCCCUCUUCAGCUCUUCUGCCCCUACCAAUGCUACGCCAGGCGGCUAUGAACAUUCCGGCUGACCCCUGACUCGUCGUCGAUCCGAUCGGAGGCGAGAGGCGAGCUGGAGAGGAAAAUGCUUUCUUCUUUCGCAGUUUACUUUCUUCAUUUAAUUGGAAAAAAAAAAAAAAUUGGACAUGGAAACGAGGCCCCCUUUAGCUUUUGGCCUGAGGCGUAGGCCUCAUCGGUCUCGCCUCAGGACCGACUCUGAUCGUGAAUUACAUGUGGGUAAAAUGCAAAAUCCUGCCCAUACUAUUGAUUUGAUUCAAUAAAGGGCCUUAAUGACAUGAAAAGUAUUUAUUAGGGGUUUAUUCUACCAACUUCAAAAUUCAUCUCAACGGUUGGAUCCCAAAUGGAUAUGUGCCGCUUACCGAUGCAAUUGCCGGCGAUUAAUCUACGGUACGAGCAUACGUCACCGUUUCGUCCUCUUCUAGUGAGAUGCAAUAUGUCCCAAAAUGCAGAAUCAAUGGAAUCUGCAAAUGGUCAAAUGUUCGUUUUGGGAAUGGGAUUCGUAGGGCAAUUCUUUGCUGCUGAUUUAAAGAGCAAAGGAUGGGUAGUAAGUGGGAGCUGCACAAGCGUUGAGAAGAAAACUAAACUCGAAGAAAUGGGUUUUCCUGCCUACGUCUUUGAUGCGAACGAACCUCAACCUGAGAUCCUAGAUAUCAUGAAAAAUCACACGCACCUCCUCGUCUCUAUCCCUCCUGUCAAGGGUCUUGGUGAUCCGAUGCUUCGUCAUAAAGAACUUGUGAAAAGAAGAUUGAAGGAUGGGAAAAUUCAGUGGCUAACUUACUUAUCAUCAACUAGUGUCUAUGGAGAUUGUGGUGGUGCUUGGGUAGAUGAAGAUUAUCCUAUAAGACCUACAAGUGAACCAGCCAGAUCAAGGUUAGCUGCUGAGGAAGAAUGGUUAUGUUUGGGCUGUGAUCUUGGGAUUGCUGCUCAAAUAUUUCGACUUGGAGGAAUAUAUGGGCCUGGUAGAAGUGCUAUUGAUACCAUUAUUAAAGAAGGGCCUCUCUCGAAGGGUCAGAAAAUGAGAUUACGUAAACAGUACACCUCUCGCGUUCAUGUUGCUGAUAUUUGCCAAGCACUCAAUGCAAGUAUUCUGAAGCGAUCCCCACGGCAAGUAUACAACAUUGUUGAUGAUGAUCCUGCUCCAAGAAUGGAAGUAUUUAUGUGGGCUCAAAAUUUGGUCGAGCAAAAAUUUCCGUGCCACGUGAAACAACCUACCAUAUCUCCUGAAAGAGAAGAAUCACUUAUCCUGGACAAAGUUUCCAGGGGAUAUAAACGAGUCUCCAAUGCACGCAUGAAGAAAGAACUGGGAGUGAAGCUGUUUCAUUCUAAUUAUAGGUCUGGACUGCAAAGUAUCAUUGACCAUAUGGACAAUCCAUAUCUACAAAAUUCACCAGGUUCAUGAAAUUAAUACUAUCCUAUGUUCUGUAAUAAUUACUAAAGAAUAAAGAUGACAAAAUUGGAGGAAUUUAUAUUCGUCAUAGAGAUAGACAUGAAACCCAAGUGUGCAUUUUGUGGGGGACUAGACACUCGUCCCCACCUUCCACUAUGUGCUUGCGGCAAACGGUCGACGCAUUUGAACAUAUCUUUUCUGGCAUAAAUUUUGUCUUUUGACUUGAAAGAAGAUCAGAGGAUAACUACAUCUUUUGUGCCAAUCGGCUGCUGGAAGGUGUCGAGUCAUUAACUCAAUUUUUCUUGCCCUGUUAGAAUUUCUGCAAAAUUUGAUACUCUUUGAUGUUUUAUAUCCUAAAACAAUUUCUUAGGUGGCACUGCUAAGACAUUUUCUUA